AUGGAGCUCCUUGACAAGAUCGCGAUCUAUGUUGCCAUCAUCACACCCCUCAUCAUGGUGUCCAAGCCCAUUCUACCGAAGGUGGUCUGGGGAUAUGACUUUCUGCCCCAAAUGGCGUGUCAUAUGUGGUCCUUCGUGAUUGCUUGCUUCAUCCUGUUGCACAGCGGCGGGGAGGAAUGGAUGGCGUUUAUUUCCUUUGCCUCAGCAAUGUUGAUCGUCGCCAACUUGGCGACCAUGGGAUUCUCCCUGGACCUGUCUGCUCCGGCAGUCGCCUUGCUCUGGGAGUUCAACUACCUGCUGGAGCGCUUUCAGCCUGUAGCGGGCCGUGAGUUCUCACGCACUGAAUUGCCAUGGGCCUCAGACGUGUACGGAGGGGAGGGUGCGCUCACAGCAAACAUGGAGCUGGUGGACAAGAUGGCCGCCCUGCUCAGACGCAUGGCGAUCUAUGUCUUGGUGAUUACACCACUCAUCAUGCUGUCCAAGCCUAUUCUGCCCAAGGUUGUUUGGGGAUACGACUUCCUGCCCCAGAUGGCCUGCCACAUGUGGUCCUUCGUCAUCGCUUGUUUUAUCCUGCUGCACAGCGGAGAUGAUUACAUGGCCCUGAUCUCUUUUGCCUCGGCUAUGCUAAUUGUCGCAAAUUUGGCCACCAUGGGAUUCUCCUUGGACUUGUCCGCCCCAGCAGUGGCACUCCUCUGGGAGUUUUGCUACCUGAUGAACCGCUUCCAGCAGCUGCCGUAG